CCUGUGCCAUCAUCCCAGCAGCGGCAUCAUUGUGUGAGAGCGUGUGCUUGCGAGUGCGUGUGCGUGUAGUAGUCGCUUUCAACGGGGGGGGGGGGGGGAAUCUGGACACGCUCUCCGCAGGCAGGCCGCUUCUCAAUGUGCUCUCUACCAAAUGGAAGCAGAGGUGUUGAACCCGCGCAUGAUGGCAGACGUCAACGGCAACAACCAGACCUCCAGCGCGGAGCUGGAGGUGCUCAAGCUGCAGGAGUUGGUCCGCAAAUUGGAGCGGCAAAACGAACAAUUGCGGACCAGAGCGAACGCGGUAAACACUCGCCCCGUCGGCCCUGCUCAUCCCCAGACCCCGCUGUCGUGUCUGCGCGGCGGUAACGCGUGCGCGAGCGACCACGUCCCCGCACAAUAUGGCAUCCCGAGUCCCCCCGGAGCCCCCGGAUCCACCGAGGAGCCCGUCGCGUAUUUUCAGCCGAGCUCCGCGUGUCUCGGCGCCGCCGAGGAGGACAGCGCCACCGUUAUGGAUGAGGUGGAUGUCUUGGACCUGGACGCCGCGCUCCCCAUCGGGCAGCCCGAUAGCUGGCUGUACGUGAGUCCCAAAGCCAAGUUUAUGGGCGAGUGUCUCCUCAGCCCUCUCCAGUGGUGCAGGCAGGUACUGGACCACCCGGGGCCCGAGGUGGAGCUGGCCAAGAUGACCCUCUGCCACAGGCUGGACCAAGCUAAGCGGUGGCGAGGACGCUCUUCGAUCCGUUCGUACAGCUGCAUCGAGGGACUGUCCACCCUCAGCUGCCCCGUGCUGCCUUACACGAAGCCCGCCGCACCAACCGAGGCCCCAGCUCCAUUGCCAUCAUGCGCGCAGUCUUUUCUCCAGCCACCCAGGGCCAGCCUCAGUGACAGAGCGCCCACCUUCCUGUCAAACGCCCCCCUCCACAACGCGGGCCGCCGACACGCAGCCAUCAGCCCCCAGUCUUCCCUGGACUGCGAGGUGGGUGCGUCAGAGCUGGAGGACGACGCCAUCUCUAUGAGCUACAAACUGCAGGACAUGACGGACGUGGAGGUCAUGGCUCGACUUCAGGAGCAGAGUCUCCGUCAGGACUACGCCUCUACCUCGAGCACGGCCACAGCCAACCGCCGCAGGUCCAGCUUCUCCUUGCACUCCCUGCGGCGCAGCGAGAUGGAUCUGGAGGAGGAGGACGAGGAGGAGGACGAGGGUUACGACCAGCUCCCGCCUCCCCAGCCUCGACUGUUUGGCGCAGGCUCUAUGCAGCGCGGCGGCCUGCCCCACUCUCACACCUUCUCCAGCAUCAGAGACUGCAGACGCAGCCCUAUCGCACCUCAGUUCUCCCUCAGCGGGCUCUCCCAGUACUCGGCCCCGCUCAGCCUGACCAUGGAAGCACACGCAACAUACCGGAAUAGCACAGACAAGCUACGGAGAAGCAUGCCCAACCUGCUCCGAGCUCCCAGCAUGCCCAGUGUUCCCAGCAUCCCAUGCUUGGCUUCCCCUGUCGACCCACCCUCCCACGGCCCCUCCUCCUUGCCAACGAUAUCUUCCCUGCGAAGCAGCCAGAGCUUUGACUCCUCCAGUGGGCUUGCACGACUCCAGUCCUUCAUUCCCUCCCCAGGCCAGCUCACCCAGCGGGUGCAGAGCGUGGGGAACUUCCCCACCACUCCCCGACACCCGCUUAAAGCCACAGCCUACGUGAGUCCCACGGUGCAGCAGGGCCCCCCCUCCAUGUCCGCCUCCAUCAGCCUACACUCCAUCCCCGGCAGCGCGGCCGCUCCUCAGCCCCUCAAGCCGAGCAGCGGUUUGGUCCAACAGCCGCCGAAGGCCGUCUGCAACCAGCCGGCCGUCACACGCAGCUCGCUCCCCCGCCCUACCUCCUUCGUGGGAAUGAGUGGAGUUCCACGUCCGAGCAAAAUCUCCCAGCCCACACGCAGGUUUGACACAUUUCCAUCCCAACGGCAGAACCCCACACCAAUGGUGCCUGCUAUAAAACACGACAUGGGUUAUUUCCACUAUCUACUUAUGUUUUCAGACCAGAUGAUGACUAUGUAUGAAGUCGCUUCAAAUAUAUACUCAUUGUCCUGAGGAUGUUGCUGUGGUUACAGGGUAGAACUUUAGCAACCGGGCUUGUUUCUACCCGUCUGCAGUUUGCUGACCCCCCCAAAGAGCCUGGCGGCCCUGACGGCCCUGAGGGACGGCAGCUGGAAAGACGGCUGCUACUGAACCCAAAGCACACUGACGUCGGUGGCAGGGAGGUCGUCGUCAGGAGGGCUCAGUCUUGGGCGGCGACCCUACGGGGGACUGUUAGCAUUUGUGAAAUGGCACUGCUCAUCACUGAAGGACUGAGAAGCGUCUCGGUCCAGCAGGCUGGACCUUCACCUCACUACCUGCUGAAACACAGACUGACACGCGAUGGAGCGACCUAGCAAUACUCUGAUAAUCACUUAUUCCGUGUCAACUGGAUCGUCCUUGUUUUUUGUCAUUGUUACACUAAAGCUUAGGGGAGAGACAACCCACGCUUUUGUACAUGCUUUUAAUUAUUUCAUACGACUAAUUUAGCGGCUGUUGAUUUUUUUUUUGUCAGACCGUGGUUUUGAAUAUGGAGUUCAACCUGGGAUUUUGUUACAUCCUGUGCCUGUUAAAAGUAGUGUGUUUCUUAUUAUAUUCAUUGGCUGGACCUCGCAGCACUUUCGGUGUGUUUCCUAAGUGAAGUAUGAUAUCGGUAAGUAAGUGUGCACACAUUAUCGUUUCUUUUCCUUAUUGUUUACAUAAGAGCUGAGAUUUGUAAUGAUCUUUGAUAAACAGAAUAGCUCCAAUGAUAUUGCACAGAGAGCCCUGAUGCUUUUUAUGGAUAAUAAGACUUUAAAGAGGAGUUGAAUUUUUAAAGUGAAUAAAAGCCUUUAAAAAAUA